GAAGUACUAACAACUAAACUAGUACUAAUACUGAAGCUAAAGAUUUGGUAGCAGAUCAAAAGAAAAGAAAAAAAAGGCUAAAGAAAGAUCAAGCAAAGCUCGGCUACAAAUGGCGUUUUGACCGAACCAAAGCAGAUUCCCAUCCAUUUGAGCUUCUGGUCGGUGUGCUUGCAACCUUCCUCAAGAACUUGGAUUUAAGUGAUAUAUCAAACUCGCCCGAGAUCAUAUCUGUGAUCUAGAACACAAGAAACUGCAGCAGAACCAUCUUUCAACAUGGCUUUAUUAGCAAAAUUACGCUGUAUCACAGUGGAUGUUACUGGUACACUCCUUGCUUACAAAGGGGAACUUGGGGACUACUAUUGUAUGGCUGCCAAAUCUGUUGGAUUGCCUUGUCCUGAUUACAAACGUGUGCACGAGGGCUUUAAACUUGCAUACUCCAAUAUGGCAAAGAAUCAUCCAUGUUUUGGUCAUCGGGACAAAAUGCCCAAUAUUGUUUGGUGGAAGACUUGCGUGAGAGACUCCUUUAUCAGGGCAGGGUACGAUUAUGAUGAGGACACAUUUGAGAAGGUAUUCAAGCGCAUAUAUGCAAUGUUCGGUUCAUCUGCACCUUAUACUAUCUUUCCGGAUUCUCAACCAUUCCUAAGAUGGGCUCGUAAAAACGGUCUCAAAGUAGGGAUAGUUAGUAACUCCGAAUACCGUUAUCAGGAGGUGAUUCUUCCUGCUUUGGGUUUGAAUCAGGGAACCGAGUGGGACUUUGGUGUGUUCUCUGGUAUUGAAGGUGUGGAAAAGCCAAACCCUAAGAUAUACGAGAUUGCGUUGCAGAAGGCCGGAAACGUUGCACCAGAAGAAGCCCUACACAUUGGAGACAGCAUGAGGAAGGACUAUCUGCCGGCAAAAAGUGUGGGGAUGCAUGCAUUGUUGUUGGAUAGGUUUAAGACUCCAGAUGCCAAUGAUUGGAGAAAAUCAGGUGCACCUGUUCUAGAUGACCUAGUGGCUGCACAGGAAUGGCUUACUUCUGAAAAUCGGACUUGCUAAUGAGUUUUGCAGGCAUUUCUUAAAUGCUGAAUAUGUACUGAUACGAUGGAAAAGAUAUCCAUUGUAUCAUAGUCAAAAAAUGUUAAUUGAUUCUGGUCCACAGACAUAAGCAUUACAUGUUUUUCUAGUAUAUCUCUCUCUCUCUCUCUCUCUCUCUCUCUCUCUCUCUCUCUCUCUCUCUCUCUCUCUCAUUAUUGUUGUAAAAUGAGCAAUCUUUCUUUACCUAUUGACUAUCUUUCUCUUUCGUGUUGACGAGAUCGUUCGCGCUAA